AUGCACUAUAAAUGCUUCUUGUUUGAAGAUGUGACAGCAACAGUUCCCAAGAGAAAGAAAACCAUUGGUAGUGCAAUGACCUCUGCAGGUACAACUGCAGGUACCGCAGUGAAAGGUGCAGGGAACGUCAUGCACAAAGUAGCCGCUACUGUGGGUGUAACUGCACGAACCACAGCGAAAAGUGCGAGGAGUGUCGCUCGCAAAACGAUCAACACCGCAGGUACAGCUGCAGGUGCCACAGUAAAAGGUGCAGAAAAUGCCGCCCGCAAAGUAGCCACUAGCGCAGGUACAACUGCGGGUACCACAGCAAGAAAUGCAGGAAAUGUUGCACAUAAAGUUGCUGCUUCUACCGGUAUCGAAUAUUUUGUUGAUUUGUUGGACAAAGCCGUUACGGGAACAGUCGUAAAGGGUGCAGGAACUGUUGGUGGUGCGCUGACUAGCGCUGCAGGAGCGGCGAUGCAAACGGCCGAAAAUAUUAGGCUGGCUGUUCCAGGUAUUAUCGACAGUUUGAACGAUGAGGAGGUAUUUAUUGUGGAUUUCACACAGCAAAGUCAUUCCGAUCCGAUUGAAAAAGAGCCUACAUCAAAUCCGAUUGAAAAAGAGCCUACAUCAAGUACGCACAUUUCGCUAGUUCUAUUUGUUCACUAA